UUGCCAGGGAACUGGAGGCUGCAACUCCAGACUCAAAGAGGGGAGUGAAGCAGAGAGGAAACUCACCCAGAAGGAAAUGGGUGUUGAACAGUUUUUUGCUAAAACACCAGGCACGUUCCCCCACUGGCUCUGGAGAGCAGAGAGGAAGAGGCGGCUGAUCAGCUGAGAAGGAGGGAGUCCAGGAGCCCAGGCUGUGCCGUGAAAUUCGCCUUCUCUUUGUCCUGGGACAUCAGCUUAUCGGUUAAGGAAUCCUCAGAUUUUACCUCUCAUUACGAUGCCUUUCCUGCUGGUGUCUAUGACCCUCUUGCACCUCAUCACCCUGGCCAUGCUCUUCAUUGCCACCACAGAGAAGUCGUGGUGGGUAUGGGGAACCACGGAAAGCUCAGACCUAUGGUAUAACUGUCACCUUCACAACAUCACUGGAAGCUGGCAGUGUGCCACCACUCCGGAAAAUGACUGGCUCCAGGCUGUGCAGGUUCUAAUGGUGCUGUCCAGUAUCCUCUCCUUUGUCUCCUUCCUGGUGUUUAUGUGGCAGCUUUUCACCAUCCCUCGAGGGGCCCUCUUCUAUUUCACCGGCCUGUGUCAAGUGCUGGCAGGUCUGACGGACUUUGCUGCUGCUGUUAUCUACACACUACGUAACAGAGAAAUCUUGGAGGGCUCCAGGUCACUGGAGGGCAACUUUGGCUACUGUUUCAUCCUGGCCUGGACCUGCGUGCCCCUGCUCCUUUGCAGUGGGGUGCUCUACAGCCACCUACGCAAGAAGGAGUGACCACAUCCCUCAAGGGCUUCCGUUUACACAGGUUCUUCAGCUCCACCUCAGAUUUUAAGUACCAAAGUAAUUAUUUGAAUAGUUACCACACCCAACCACCUCAACUCCCAAGGUGGAUAAUUGAAACAUAUGGCAGGAUAAUCUGCAAGAUUCCAUUCCUCCAGGACAGCGGUGGGGGGGGGGGGACCCCUGGAUGAAGUUGACCCAAUGUCCACCUCUUUCACUGCUACUUUCACAAUUUCACAAAGCACCAGGCUUGUAGGCAGUAAUGUCCCACCUCCGCUUGCCUGACAUCACAUCGUGAAGAAGGGCAGGGCAUCUGAGCCAACGACAGCUCUCUGACUCACCCCUGCAAAAAUAAGUCCCCAAGACAAUAACAGACACAGCCCAUAUGAUGAAUUUCCAGAUUUUCUUUCAGAAACUGCUAUUAAGCUUUGUUUUUUUUUGUUUGUUUGUUUUACAUGAUUUCAUUUACUGAGCAUGGUGUUGUUACAAGCCUUUUAUGAAUAAUGUUAAAACCAUCAUUUACUCCCCA